AUGAAUUAUCUUAGAAUUUCUCAACAAGUGAUCAAACAACUACUUCCAAAAAAGAGUGCUCGUCUAUCAUCCUUAUCUGAGAAACCGACAUCAAAUUUGAAAAAGUCUUUUAAAUUAAUAUCAUGGAAUAUCGAUGCAUUUGAUACUUGCAAUCCAAAACUAUUUAACGAACGCAUUAAUGGUGUUGUUAAUAUUAUUAAACAAGAAAAACCAGAUGCAAUCUUUUUUCAAGAAGUUAUUUCAACGUCGCUUGAUAUACUUAAAACUCAUUUAUGUGAUUAUGAUUUUUAUGUUGGUGACCUCAAAAAUUAUUUUGUAACUAUUUUUACUCGACGUGAUGUAUUUCAAAUUCAAAAUCAUUCAGUAUUGUCUUAUCCAUGGACAACAAUGAAUAGAAAUUUAUUAAUCGUUAACGGUAUUUAUAAGAAUUCGAUAGAAAUUGAUUUGAUGACAUCUCAUCUUGAAAGUUGUGACGCAGCAGUUAAAGAACGUACUCAACAAUUGAAAUUCUGUUUUCAAAAGAUGAUCAACGCCCCAAAAAAUCGAAUUGUUCUCUUUGGUGGUGAUCUAAAUCUUCAUGAUCAUGAAUUACAACAAGCAGGUAAUAUUCCAGCAGGUAUUCAUGAUUUAUGGAUUGAAAUGGGUAAGAAGGAAGAGUAUACUUAUACAUGGGAUAUGCAAACUAAUACAAAUUUGAAUUUGAGUUUUCCACGUAAUGGUUUUUUACCUCGUCAUCGUUUCGAUCGUCUUUAUUUUCGACCAGCAACAACAUCUACAAUUGAUUUUAAACCAAUUUCUUUCAAACUUCAAGGUCGUGAAAUGAUUCAAUCAAUUCAACGAUUUUGUUCAGAUCAUUGGGCUAUACAAGUAGAAUUUCAGAUAUAA